UGUACUUUUAAAGCAAACGCACUGGAAUCAUUUCUUCAGAUGUGGUUACAUUAUAUGUGUACAGAAAUCGGCAAAUAACAUUCACUAAAGGUUUAGAGAAUUGUAGGUUAUAUAUCUACUAAAUUGUUCAUUUUUAAAUCAUGUCGAGUGAAUGAUUGUUUACAAGUGACGUCAGCAGCAUGCAGAGUUUAUUCAGGUGGACAGUGUUUCUAACUGUCCUGCUUAUAAAACAAUCUUUGCUCUCCUGUUCAUCGGUGGUAGUUAAUGUAAAGGCUGACAAACCACUCCGAAACCUGAAGCACUUCUGGAGAAGCACUGGCUUCUGUCCUCCACAGCCGCACACUGAUGCACGCCUGUAUGAUCUCAGUAAAGACCAGCAGAUGAAUCUGGCUCUCAUCGGCUCUGUGCCACACAGAGGAAUCCAGCAGGUGCGGAUACAUUGGAUGCUGGAGCUGGUGUCAGCAAAGGUUUCUAGGGGAGAAUAUCAUUACAACUUUACUCAUUUAGACCAAUUGAUUGAUCUUCUCUGGCAGAAUGGACUUCAACCAGGGUUUGAACUGAUGGGCAGUGUUUCUAACACCUUCAGCAACUUUGAAGACAAAAGACAAGUUACCGAAUGGAGGAAUUUGGUGUAUUCGAUUGCUAAGAGAUAUAUAUUGAAGUACAGCCUCGGCUCUGUUUCUCAGUGGAACUUUGAGACGUGGAAUGAGCCAAAUAACCACAACUUUGACAACAUUUCUAUGUCAAUCCAAGGCUUUCUAAACUAUUAUGACGCCUGCUCCGAGGGUCUCCGUGCAGCAAGUCCACUUUUAAAGUUUGGUGGUCCAGGAGAUUCUUGUCAUUCUCCCCCUCAUUCCCCAUACUGCUGGGAGAUGCUACAGCAUUGUUACAACGGCACAAACUUCUUUACCGGAGAGACCGGUGUGCGGCUAGACUACAUCGCCCUGCACAAAAAGGGAGGGGGGAGCACCUUGCCCAUCUUGCAACAGGAAGUAACCACAGUACAGGAGAUCCAGCAGCGGUUUCCACGGUUGCGCUCCGUGCCCAUCUACAAUGAUGAGGCAGAUCCGCUGGUUGGCUGGAAUAAAGCGCUCACGUGGAGAGCAGAUGUUACUUAUGCAGCCAUGGUGGUUAAGGUAAUCUCACAGCAUCAGAACCUGCUCAUCGCCGACUACAACAAUACAGUCAACUACACGCUGCUUAGCAACGACAACGCUUUCCUCAGUUAUCACCCGUACCAGUUUACCCAACGCACCCUGACCGCGCGAUUCCAGAUCAACAACACGAACCCGCCUCAUGUACAGUUACUACGAAAACCAGUCCUGACUGUCAUGGGCCUGUUGGCGCUGUUAGGUGAGACUCAGGUGCAGGCCAGGGUCAUGACUGACAGCCCUGAAGUGAAUUCUUCAGUGGGUGUGUUGGCCAGCGUUCAUCUUCCUCAGGUGCCUUACACCGCCGACAGCUGGCAGACCACCAUACUGCUGUAUAACAGCAGAGACAACCAGACCACCUCCACCUCUGACAUCAUCACCCUGCGCCUCACAGGAAUCCCAAAAUACAUGAGUCUGAUGUAUGUGACACACUAUAUGGACAAUAAUGUGACAAACCCAUUUAAGCUGUGGGACAGCAUGGGCCGCCCCGACUACCCAACUAUUCAACAGUUCGCACAGCUGCGGAGUCAAGAGGAUCCACAGAAGACUGGACCUCUUCCAGUUCAACCUGAUGGAUCUCUGACGCUGAAGAUGAGUCUUGCGGUUCCCUCAGUGCUGCUCGUACACGUAUGUGCCAAAUCGAAACAAGAGCCCGACCAGGUGAAUGGGGUUCGUUUCAUCGGCGUCACCAAAGGCCAAGUUCUGAUUUUGUGGAAAGAUCACUGCAUCGGUACAAAGUGUAUCAAGACGUAUGAAGUGGAGUUUUCCAACGACAGGAAUAUUUUCCAGAGGAUCAAUCCUAGAGACACUAUCUUUACCCAUUUCACUUAUUCUCCAGAUAGUUUGGAUGUGAGCGGUUCCUAUAGAGUGAGAGCUGUGGAUUACUGGGACAGAUAUGGUGAAUAUUCUCUUAUAGAGAACUAUUCAGAGAACCAAUAGUAUCACAGUCUGGUCCAAUCUGUGGUGUACCCAGGCUAAAAACUGCAUACUUGGACGGGAAGAUUCUGUGAUCGACCAAUCAAAGCGCAGCAGGUCUGCAAGAUAUCCUGAAUUAACCGUAAUAUUUCAAAUGUGCAUAUGGUAAAUGGUUUGCAAUAACGAAACUUUAAUUCUUAAAAGUGCAAAAUGCUUAAAACUUUUAGGAGGAUCUCUUGCCAGAAAUGCAAUAUAAUCUACAUCAGUGGUUCUUAACGUUAUUCCUCGAGGCCCACUGCCCUGCACAUUUUGUAUGUCUCCCUUAUU